CGCUCGAGGAUUACCAUGUGGACACUCCUUCGUUUGCCACUCAGCCCGCGUGAGCCGAAGAGAAUGGAAGUCUACUCUCUGGUCUGACAGAAAGAGAGACAUUCCACGUUUGUGCUCUUGGUCCAGCAUCCUUUGCCUCUUCAUUCUCGAGUGGAAUUCUGGCUUUAGGCUUAGUUACUUAAUUUUUUCCCUGGAAAGUUGACAAUUUAUAGGCUGCUUUGGAAUAUUGACUUGAGUGCAAGACUUCGAGGAAUGGAGUCGACACCGAGUCAACUACCAGCGGGACGAGACUCCAGCUCUUCCCCCACUGGCAAGCAGGACGUGCAAAGCUUCACUAACCCCAACCUGAAACCAAAUCAAGUCAGCGAGACUGCUUUGUAUGGCGUGCCCAUUGUAUCCUUGGUUAUAGAUGGCCAGGAGAGACUCUGCUUGGCACAAAUCUCCAAUACAUUGUUAAAGAACUACAGCUACAACGAAAUUCACAACAGACGUGUAGCCCUUGGAAUCACCUGCGUCCAGUGCACGCCUGUUCAACUCGAGAUCUUGAGGCGAGCGGGCGCAAUGCCAAUAUCCUCGAGGCGCUGUGGCAUGAUUACCAAGCGCGAGGCCGAAAGGCUAUGUAAAUCUUUUCUGGGUGCUCACAACCCACCAAAGUUACCUGAAAAUUUUGCAUUUGAUGUUUCUCACGAAUGCGCGUGGGGAAGCAGAGGUAACUUCAUACCGGCCAGGUAUAACAGUUCGAGGGCGAAGUGCAUUAAAUGCACAUAUUGUAACAUGUAUUUUUCCCCAAAUAAAUUCAUAUUCCAUUCUCAUCGUACUCCCGAGUCCAAAUACACCCAGCCAGACGCAGCAAACUUCAAUUCUUGGAGACGUCAUCUCAAACUUACUGACAAAAAUUCAUCGGACGAUGUUGCACAUGCGUGGGAGGAUGUAAAGGCAAUGUUUAACGGCGGCAGUCGUAAGAGGACUCUACCGAUGAGUGGCUCUGAAAUGUCUAUGAAGUCACAGGCCUCCGGAAAUGUACCCCAAAGAAGUUCCCCCGAGGUCCCCAGAAAAACGUUGCGCUGUGACGAGGACAGAGGUAGCAACAUAAGCCUGGCAAAUAGCGUCCGGAACUAUCCAGUUAUCCCUGUCCCAAGUAAGAGUUUUGGGAUGCUUCAAAAAAUCCCCCCACCACUUUUCCCCCACCCUUAUGGAUUCCCUGCAUUUGGAUUGUGUCAAAAGAAGGACGAGGGAGUAAGGGAAAUUAAUAAAACCAAUGUCUCAGGCGUCUUUUGGCCAGGCGCAAAGGACAGUCUCUAUCCCUCUUUCCCCAUGUUUUGGCCUACAGCAGGUGGCUUGUCAAUGCCACCAUACCAACAGUCACAACCAAAACCGUCCAAUGAGCUUUUAAGUGUCCGGCAGAGUGAGCUUGAGGUUAUGGACCAAAGUGACCGGUGCGCAAACACAUCGAAGGACAGCUUCAACGAUAGCGAACGCUGUUCUAGUUCCCAGUCCGCCAGGAACGACGAAGAUAAAUCUGGGGACGAGGCCCGGUCAAAGGAAGUUCUCCCCACAGCGCCACAGAAAAUAGGCUACAUCUCCGCGUUCAGGCCUGUAGUGAAAGAUGCUGAUAGCAUUGCCAAGUUGUACGGCAACAGGGACGCGUACAGCAGCGUCCGAUCCGGUUACUUAUCCCCAGAUUUCGUGAGCGAAAGUUCCAGUUACAGAUCCGUAUCGCCGGAUGUGGACAGUGCAGACGACCCCGACGUGGAUGUGGAGUCCAACAGGGGUCAGGAGGAUGAAGACUCGCUCCAGCUUUCAGUGGAGGACCGUCAAAGUCCCCGGGUAUUAAACUCGUCCCAUUCUGGGCCCGAGGAGAGUCAAGAGCCGGUCUCCAGUCCAAGACCAAGACAGGAUGAUUCACACACAGGGUCAUCUGAUGAUGACAGACGCAGUGAGCCAGUGUUAGAGCGUAACCACACACCAAAUUAUGAAGUGUACACACAUGAAAAGGACGAAGACGUGCCUUUGAACGGCCAAUCGUUUGGAUCAAAACCUCCAAGCAGCCCGCGGGAAUUGAACGGAAUCCACCGUUUAUGUGUUCCACAAAAACGAGUAGGUAGUCCAGAUGGCAUGUUGGAGGAAACAUACCAAGACCAAAAGGAAAGCCCAUUGCAUUUGGACGUAUCUGUAGAGGGACUGAUUCAGUGCGUCACAGGUGAUGGACCAUUGUGCAGUGAUGUCAGCAAAAUCCAAGAGAAGGACAUGAGAAACAUGGCCAAGGAAGAACUGCAAAAGCAACUUUUGGAACAAGUAGAGCUGCGGAAAAAGCUGGAACGUGAAUUUCAGAAUUUGAAAGAUAAUUUCCAGGACCAAAUGAAACGAGAAUUGUCAUACAGAGAGGAGAUGGUCCAGCAGCUUCAGAUUGUUAGAGACACUUUGUGCAGCGAGUUGGAUCAAGAAAGAAAGGCUCGUUAUGCAAUACAGCAAAAGCUAAAAGCUCACGACGCCUUACACCAUUUCUCCUGCAAGAUGCUGACCCCUCGCCACUGUACUGGAGCCUGCACCUUUAAACCACCUCUGCUGCCACCCUAAUGGGCCACCACAUUCCACACCUGAUCCUAGAACAGCCAAAAAGAAGUGAACAUUGACAAGAAAGGCAUCCUCAAGAGGUCACUCACACCAUGCUCUUCUGUGCCCCCUUACCAGUUCUGUCACUUGCAAGGUUCAACAACCUACAGACUUAGUAUACACCCGGCUGUUUGGAUUUCAAAAUUGAAGUGGAUGGAAGAUAUAAAGACCCUCCAUUGAGUUGAACUCUUGAGUAAUGGAUGAUGCACCUGAACAGGGGUAUUGUAUGUACCUAACAUGUAUCCACUGUUGAAAUCAAGUUGUAAAGGUCCCUGGAGAGUCUCUUUGUAACCAAUUGCUCUAGGUAUCCUGGAAAAAUAUAUAUGUGGCAAUGUGCAAUGACUUGUAUAUCGUGAUAUUUCAUGAUAAAAACAGCUACCAUUAUUUAAUAGUUAUUUCAACACAUUGUGUUUUUACAUUUAUUAAUUUAAUUUAUUAAUAUUGAAUUAAUGUUUUUCUGUAUUUUGGUUAUAAUUUGUUCCGAGACAUGAAGCAGUGUAUUUUAUUGAUAUCAAGCACUUUAAACUGGGAAUUUUUCACAUUGGAACACAAUUCUACUUGAAUAAGAAACUGUAUUGGAAAUUAUUUGAGUAUCUUGUGGAAUCGAAACAGCGUAUCAGCACUUACUAGCUCCUCCCCACAUCUGAUACAUAAAAUGUAUACAUUUCAGUGUAUAAUGUUUCAUCAAUCAAUUGUCUGUGUAUUGUCUACGUGUACAAAAUGUUCACAUAAAUCAUGAUUAUUGAUUUUUUUUUUCCAACAUAUAUUUGUGUGUUAGACAACACUUAUGGUGGCGUGUAAAGGUUCAGACUCAUAAUUUGUACCUACUGGGAAAUUAAAUCAUUGUUGUUUUAAUGUA